AUGCCCCACACUCCUCCAGACGAGUACAUCCCUGGAGAGGCCAAAGCCCUAGCUGCGGAAGCCCCAGUGCGCGUCUCGGUCUUGGACCCGCCAGAGGACGACGAGGACGAGGCCUUUUCAAUCACACGUCCACCCAGCCAGCGUCGCCUCUGGGAGGCCGCUCAAUGCCUCUUGACGGACGAGACCGGCAAGGAGGUGACGUUUGGCUCACUCAUGCCCUCAUGGCCUGAGGGCCUGGGACCAAGUCAGCGUGACGCGAGCUUGACUCCUCGCACAAUCGUCCUUUUCAUCAGACACUUUUGGUGCGGGUCCUGCCAGGACUAUAUGCUCCAUUCGGUCGCCAAGCUCGACCCCGAGGUGCUUGAGAAGCAUAAUGUAAAGGUCGUAGUCAUUGCUUGCGGAGGGUGGAAGACUAUCAAGAGCUACCGCAGUCUGUUCAAAUGCCCGUUCCCAAUGUACGCCGACAGCCCGCGCAAGCUGUACACGUUGAUGGGAAUGAUCCGGCCUCUGCCAUUGGGGGGAGACCCGUCCCAGGUCAUGCCGUACAACCAAGGGGGUAUCGCGCAUGCGACGUGGCAAGGUAUCUCGAGCGGCCUCACCCGCCUCCAUCAGUCAUAUCCGGGUUACUGGAAGCAGCUCGGUGGCGAGUUUGUCUUUUCGCCCAAGUACCAGUGUGACUUUGCCCAUCGUAUGACGUAUGGAACGAACCACAUGGAGGCUGUAGACGUGCUCAAGUACGCUGGGCUGGACGAGGACGCUCGACGUGCUGCCGUCCAUGGGCAAGAGCCUGCGACUGCCACUGACACCAGCACGACCGCUGUCCCAACCGAAUGUGCCAUUGACGUUGCCGAGCCUGUCGAGCCCCCGGACGCCGACAAGAACGACCUGGACCGCCGGUUUGCCGAGGAGAUGGCUAGAGACAAGAAAAGGGACGAGGAACUCGAGCGUGGCGUAAGUGCAGCGUAG